GUGCCUCCCUGCUGCCGCAUAUUUGGUGUCCAGAGACUUCAGAAUUUCGGCCAUCACAAAAAAAUCCCACCCCACAUCAAACGCCAACCGAACACUAUCGCCAGUUCAACCACCACACCACCACCCCAUACUGCCCAGCCAAACCGCCAUCAACCCAGCUACACCGUGAAACUUUGGUCAGGCGCGAAUACGAUAACACAACCAACAUGGCUGCUGUUGCCACAAACAACCCAGCGAGGGACUGGGCCGACGACGAUGACAACGAAGAAGUCCCCUCGACCGCGCUCCCCAGCGACGAGACGAUCCAGAACCGCGACGGCACAAAGACCAUCAUCUCGUACCACCUCAACGAGAACGGCCAGACGGUCAAGACCACCCGCCGCAUCCGCCUCAUCACCCACCGCGAGGUCGUCAACCCGCGCGUCGCCGAGCGCAAGAAGUGGUCCAAGUUCGGCCUCUCGGGCAACGACCCCGCCGGCCCGGCCCCGGACACCACCUCGGUCGGCGAGAACAUCAUCUUCCGGCCCUCGGCCAACUGGAAGCAGGAGGCCAAGGACGAGAGCAAGGACCCCAACGCCCAGAGCAUGAAGGACAAGCUCAAGGACAAGAAGGUCAAGUGCCGAAUCUGCUCCCAGGAGCACUUCACCGCCCGCUGCCCCUACAAGGAGACCAUGGCCCCCGUCGGCGAGGCCGCCGCCGGCGACGUCGCCGCGGGCAUGGGCGACGACCCCGCGGCGGGUGCGGCUGCGGGCGGUGCCGGCGCCGGCAAGAAGGGCUCGUAUGUCCCCCCCGCGCUGCGGAACGGCGGCGCCCGGGGCGAGGGCGAGAGGAUGGGCGGCGGCAAGUUUGGCGAGCGGGACGACUUUGCCACGCUGCGUGUCACGAACGUCUCCGAGAUGGCAGAGGAGCAAGAGCUCCGCGACAUGUUCGAGCGCUUCGGCCGGGUCACGCGCGUGUUCCUGGCCAAGGACAGGGAGACGGGCCGCGCCAAGGGCUUCGCCUUCAUCAGCUUCGCCGACAGGACCGACGCCGAGAGGGCGUGCGGCAAGAUGGACGGCUUCGGUUUCAAGCACCUUAUCCUCAAGGUCGAGUUUGCCAAGAAGGCUGCUUAGGUCGGUGCUUUGUGCUAGGGGGCUGGCAGAUGGGAGCUGUCGGCAAGGGUUAGACUGCAUGAUGACAUAGGUCUUGAAAAUGGAUUAUUUGACCGGUUUCGGGCCUCGAAUAUUGUUUUGAUGCUACGUGGUGUACGGUGAGAGAACGCGCUAGAGGUCAGGUCAGCUGGGGGCCUGGUGUCAGGCAUGAGGUUAUUGGCAGGGCCUGGCACGAUAGAAGAGUCGACUGGCAGUUACGACUUGUACGGCUGCGGUAACAGGGUACAAUCUGGACCAUAAGGCCAAGUUUGCGACAUUAUCAGGCGACGUUGGAACAAGCCGUUGAAAAUGGACCCCAUGGUUUCAAGGAUAGAUUGUGCAUUGGUGCUUAUCGUUGUGAAUUCAAUGAUCGGCCUCAUAUCAGCCCCUCCACUACUAGAUAUUAUCUUGUAGCAUGUUCCUGCUGCUACCGUCUACUAUGACCG